UGAACUCACAUGUAGCAUGAAGCUCAGGGUGAUACUUACAGCACAAAAAAACCCUGGCUAAGGGUCAUCGGCUUUGUGUACGCAGUAGGGCAAGGGAAGCUCAGGGUGACUUCAGUAAGUAAAGCGAAAUGGAGCCGACAGGAUCAGUUUCCUAAUUGCAACUGAAAUUUCAAACUUCUUAGGGGAGAUGAAAGUGGACAGUAGAACUUAACAGUGGAGGAGUUCAGCCGGCAUCUUAAAUUUUAUGGUUAAUUGAAUAAGCGAUGAACCAGGAGAAUAAUUCCAGGAUUGUUGGGCUCCUGAGUAUUGCUAUUUUAUUCACCAUUGCCGAAGCUUUUUCUAUGAAUGCCUAUGUGACUGUCAUUUAUUCCAACGAAACUGGCAACUUCACGGAGGAGAAAUGUGAGUGUGGUGUUUAUGGGUUAGCUUCACCCAUAGCUAAUGCUAAGGGGUUGGUAGGCAUUCCUACAUCAGGAAACCAACAAGCCUGUGACCGCUACACAGAUUUCACGAAUAAGAAGAAGCCCUGGAUUGCACUCAUAGAAAGGGGCAAUUGUACGUUUACGGAAAAAAUUAAUGCAGCGGCUAGCAAAGGUGCUGAUGCUGUUGUGAUUUAUAAUUACCCAGAGACUGGCAAUCAGACGGUACCGAUGGCAAAUUUUGGUGCAGAUGAGAUUGUUGCAAUUAUGAUCGGCUACCUGAAGGGCAAAAAAACUUUGGAUUUAAUUAAGCAAGGCAUCCAAGUAACUAUGAUCAUCGAAGUUGGGAAAAAACACGGUCCUUGGAUGAAUCAAUAUUCGAUCUUCUUUGUCUCUGUGUCCCUCUUCAUCGUUGCAGCAGCAACUGUGGGCUACUUUAUCUUUUAUUUUGCUCGCAGACUGAGGAAUGCAAGAGCUCAGAACAGGAGACAGAGACAAUUAAAAGCAGAUGCCAAAAAAGCUAUUGGAAAGCUUCAGCUACGAACACUGAAACAAGGAGACAAGGAAACUGGACCUGAUGGAGAUAACUGUGCUGUGUGUAUUGAAGUGUACCGACCUAAUGAUGUAGUACGCAUCUUAACCUGCAACCAUCUUUUCCACAAGACAUGCAUUGACCCUUGGUUGUUAGAACAUAGAACAUGCCCAAUGUGCAAAUGUGACAUACUCAAAGCUUUGGGAAUUGAGGUGGAUGUAGAAGAUGGAACAAGGUCCUUACAGACACCAAUUUCCACUGAAACCUCCAGUGCUGCUUCCCCUCAUGAAGAGGAUAAUCGUAGUGAGACGGCAUCAUCUGGAUAUGCUUCUGUACAAGGAACAGACGAACCUCCAGUGGAGGAGCAUGCUCAGUCAGAAAAUGAUAACCUGCAACUGGUAAACCAUGAAGCAAGUUCUGUGGUAGUGAAUGUUCCUCAUCUUGACAAUCCAACCUUUGAAGAGGAUGAGACCCCUGUUCCAGAGACCCCUGUUCCAGAGACCCCUGUUCCAGAGACCCCUGUUCCAGAAUCCCGUGUUCCAGAGACCUCAGUUCCGGAGACCUCAGUUCCAGAGACUUCUGUUCGACAAGUUAAUUCCUGAAAUUGGUAACCAGUGAGAGACUAGAACCUUUGCUAAAAGAGAAAACUGCCAAUAAGGGUCCAACGUAUUAUCAAAAUUAUGAAUAGACUGGUUAACUUCUCUGGAAACUGACACUGGACAUAUUAAGAUGUUAUAAUAGUUGACGAAUUAUUUGAAAGAUUUAACCUAUUGUUCCACUUUUCUUCCACAAGAAACUCAUUUUAAUUAUUUUCACAGAUGAGUUUCUCUUGACAAUGCAAAAAGCACCUUAUGUUAAUUCACUCAACACAACUCAUCUAAUUGCCUCUAUUAUUUUUUUUAUUUAAAAAGAGAUCAUUGGCUUAUAGGUUAAAGAAUCAGGAAUUUUCUCCAGAAAAUCAUUUUGAUCUCUUUUUUCCAAAGGUAAUGCAACACUUAGAAAAGCAAAUUACUUUAGGAAAUGCCCAUUUCAGCAGCACUACCUGAUUCAAACAAAAUCUCUUUCAAAUAAUUUCACGUUCUUAUAAGUAGACUCAGUCUACUUCAGAUGAGUAACGAAGCAUAGUCUGUAAUAGAAUAUGAAAGAAAAAUUAGUAUGUUACUAAUACUAAGUAAAAUUUGUUCUUGCCAAUACUAUAAAAACAAUUUCCUUUGCAGAUAGGUGGUGUAGCUAAACCUCUCACUUUAUUACUUGUGGGAGGAUUUUAAAGCACAGACUAUAAACUAGUAAAUGAUUUGAAAGUGGAAGUAUGUGGGAGUAUGUGUCAGAAAUCUAACCACUUUGCUCAUUUCAUGUAUUAAUUUAUACAACCAGACUUGAAGAAGCUGGGUAGAAAUUUGUGGCAAGAAUGAGUCUGUUAAAUAACUUCCAGAUAGUGUUUUGAAUUUUGGAAUGAUAAAAAUAUACUUUAUCAAAAUUAGUAAAGAACCAAAUCUUUCCUUUGUAGCUAAAAUUUGUUGAGAAUGUUUUCUUAUGUUUGAUAGAGAAUUGGGUGGGAGCGGGGGAAGAACACCAGAUGCCUUAACAAUAGUUUGACUCUUCAUCCACCAAAGUUAACUAAAUCUAUUAAAAAAUGCACUUUAUUUUCAUUCUGUGUGGCUUACCUUUUAUUGUGGAGUUUUGUUUCCAAGACACAUGCUAGCAGAAUGUAGUCAACAAAAGAACAAUUAUGUUUAUUUUUGUUUGCUAAAUCUAAUUACUACUUUAUUUGUAUAGAGUGAUUUGAAAUGUAUAUAACUCAUGAUUUGUAUUGAAUUUCUUUAAACAGUACAUGUAAAUAAAAUGUGAUAAUAAUA